AAAAAACCUUUUUGUUGAAUCUCUUUCGGAUGGAUGAACUCGCCAUUCGCCCGCGAGCAUCGUGCGAUCGUAAUGCUACCGAGGCAAAUCUGUAGCUCUCAUCAGACAGAUCUUCGCUACUUCUCUCUGCGGCAGGCAGAUCUUUCGUAAUGAAACAGUCGCGUUGAGAGCGAUAUUGGUUGGGUAACGUUCGAAGAAGAUUUGGGUUGCAUCGACUGCCGUCUUCUUUUGUUUUGUGUUACGAGUGUUUGCUUUGGUUGGUAGCACGAUCUCCAUGGAAUCUUCUCCGUCGACGGGAGGCAGGAUCGAGUCCUCCUUCUUCGCCUUCUGGUCCUGAUUGUAACCCCCUCAUGAUCAAUGGCACAAAAGGAAGUCCAUAUUAAUGAAAUAGCAGUGAAGGGUGGCACAGAAAUCUGUACCAGGAAAUGCUCAACUGGCAUAACAAUUACUAAUGAUUCUUCAUUUUCUUCCAUCAGAAGUGAAAAGCCUCUACCUCAUUAUCUAAGAGAUUCCACAGGUUCUUGCCAUGAUAUCUGUAAGUACGGGAGGAAACACGAUUCUGUAACCAAGUCUAAGCGUCCCCAAAAACCUCUAUCUCGUUAUCAAAGAGCUUCUACUGGAUCAUGCCAUGAUAUGUGCAAGUAUGGACAGAAGCAUGAAUCUGAGAUUGCGUCUAAACAACGUCCCUUUCUCUCCAAAUCAGGUGGCAAGUUGAGAUUGAGAGAUGAGUCACUUCUAGCAAGCAAUCUACAUGUGGAAGAUGGUAAGAAUAAGGUUACAAUCAAGAAGAAAUGCUCAUCCCAGAAAGAUGAGCUUUCUAAGAAAUCUGCUGAUAGUAAUCUGAAGUCUGGAUUAAAGCUCAAGGAUGAUGGAACUUCAGAGGAAUAUAUAGAUAUCAAGCUUGAAACUGUGUCAUUGUGCCCCAAAAGCAGUGUUACUAGUGAUCAGGAAGUUCUUCGUACAUCAGAAUGUAAAGAGGCUGAAUCAAAGCUCAAGGAAGAUGGUACUCCUGAGGAUUAUAUAGAUAUGAUGUUUCAAUCUGUGUUAUCGUUCCAGGGAAGCAGUGUUUUUGCUGAUCAGAAAAUUCUCCGAACAUCAGAAACUCAGGUUGAAAAAAUUAAUUUAAAGGAUGAAACUAAGCGACAAGUUAUCAAACUGAAGACUCACAAGUCAGAUUCAUUCUGUUACAAGAGUAAAUUUGGCAAGCAGAAGAAUUCACCUCCUGCAAAAGGAAUUGGCUCAUUUCAAAGGUCAGGUGCUAUCACAAAUAAAAACCCAACUUUCCUGGAACCCACUGCAUCUUCUAAAGCUAAGCUUGUUAGGCAGAGAUCUUUAACUAUGCAUGACAAUCAUUCGGAUCUGAAUCAUAAUUCAUCAGUGUCUCAGGUAAAUGAAGAGUAUGCCACAUCUAAGAAAAUUGGGAUAACCAAGGAGAAGGAAAAAACUGGUCAUACUAGUAGAGAAAUAACAAAAACAUCAGAAAAUAAAAUACUGAGACCAUCUACAGCCUCUCCAUCUGUCAAGCGUGUUAGUGGUGGCAUUUUGAGUUUGAGGCAAAGAACAGACAAGAUUGUGAAAGAAGCAACUCUAAUAAAGAAUCAAGUUUCAAAAGCUGACCAUGAUACUGAAUUUAGUGUUGAGAAAACAUUGUUGGUCGUUGAUAACUCAUUUGAAAAGGUCAGUUUGGAUUCUUCGGAGCAGAAAGUCUUGGAAGCGGAGAAUGUUCUAUCUGAAUUGCAAAAACAAACGCUAAUGAAGCAUGAAAGUAGUGAAGAGAAGACGUUUCAAGUUGUUGAUGAGAUACCCAAGAAGGCCAAUUUGGAUUCAUCGGAGGAGAAAUUAAUAGAAGAGAAUGUUGACACACAUUUCCUCGUUGAAGAAUUGUUGGGACUGGAGAACAUUAACUUGAAUACAGAUCUGGAAUCACCUGAAGCAAACCAUGUCAAUGCAAAUCUUGCAGAGCAGGAAGUACCUGACCCAGAGAAUAUUAAAAGUGGUAAAGUAGCAUUAAACUCUGAUGACUCGAGAUUGAUUGAACUAGAAAAUAAUGGCAUCAAAUUCCCAGAGCAAAAUUUCUUGAAGCCAGAGGAAAUUGAUUCUGAAUCCAUAGAAAUGGAACCUACCCAGUUGAAAUUGCUCAAGGCAGAGAAUGGGUUAACAGUGCAAAAGAUUCUGAAACCAGAUGAUAUGGUUCUUAUUUCCCUAGCUCUUAAACAUCAUGACAACAAAUUGUAUGAACAAGUCAAUACUGAUAAUUCCACGGAGCAAAAUUUAGUGGGCCAAGAUACCAUGGAUAUUAAUUCUCCAGUAUUGAAAUCUGAUGAUGACCAAUUGGCUACAGAUGAUGAAGAAAAGGAUGAGGUAUCUGAGUACUCGUAUUCCGAGCAAUCUGAAGUGGAGCCUGAGCAUGAAGUGGAAAAGGACAAAGGCAAUUGUGAACCUUCAAAAAGAAAAGAGAGGAGGUCGAAAAGAAACACAGUCAUCCAUCCAGAAGAUACAAAUCCUACAGCACACAAAUUAAAAUUCAGGAGAGGCAAGACAAUUGAGCUCCAACCUGAAAGCUGUGGUCCAAGAAGGCUGAGGUUUAGGAGAAGAACAGCGGAUGUGGGUGCUGAAGACAUUCAAACAGAAAGGAAGAACUUCAAAAAGAGUGAGAUAACUGAGCCGGCAAAUGCAUCUGGUGCAGAAGCUAAAGGCAUUAUGUUGAAGCAUCAAGAUAUGCAGGAGAAAAAUGAUGAACGAGUAUUGUUCAACAAUGUGAUUGAAGAAACUGCAAGCAAGCUUGUGGAGACCAGGAAGAGCAAGGUGAAAGCAUUGGUUGGCGCCUUCGAAACUGUGAUCUCUCUUCAGGAUAAAAAACUAGAAUCUACAACUUAAACCAUUAGCUUGUUCAUUUGUUUUGUUGUGAUAAUUAAUUGAAUCUUUGUGAAAGAAUUUCCAAUAAAUCUAUUUGUGUGAGAGAAUAGUGAAAAAAGAAAUCUGUAAAUAACAUUGUGUGCAGGCAUAGAGGUAUAUGAAGUUUGUUUUUCUUAUACUG